GCUUGUCGGCGUUAAAAUAUCGGCGUACGACGACGGCGUAUACGUAUGCGGCACCAUUUGCCUCCAUCGGUGCAGCGCACCACAUGAAAAAUGCCGUCGUCUUAUUAAGAAAAUUAAUGGUACAUACCGAAGGAAGCCGCCGCACAUUUGCUGUACCGUCAACGCGACGGCGAACAGAACCCAAUAAGUAAACCAUCGGUUGUCCGGCGACACGGACGAGCGGUGGUCGGCGGCCGGCAACUUUUCGACGGUGCGCAUCAUCAGCGCGGUGGUCGCGUAAGCGGGAUACGCGAAUCCCAGCAGGUCGCUGACCAGCGCCGAGUACAGGCUGCCCGGGAUCAGGAACAUGCACGUGGCGCAAACCACGCCGAAGAACAGCUUCAGGCGGCUGAUGCCGGUCCUGUCCUCGGCCCAGGAAAACAGGCCGUUCCAAGGUCUGGAGAUGGCGCGCAACGCGGCGUCGAUGUCGUUCAAGGCGGAUAACACGUUCGCGGACAUUGCGUACGUCGCAGACUACAAUCUUGAAAUGGAUCUGGCAACAUUAAUGACUUAUUUUGAGCGCUUUUGGAUGGAUCAAGUAACUCCACUGAGAUUUACUGUAUACAGGCUCCAACAUAGGACUAACAAUUUUAUUGAGUCAUACCAUUCUUCGCUCUUACGGCUCAUGGGACAACGUCCACAAUUAUAUAGAUUUUAUGAUAAUUUAAGAACAAUAGAACUUAGAGCAAGAAAUGACUUUACUAGAGCAUUAAAUGGUCAAAGAGUAAGACAAUCAGAUUAUAGGAUUUAUCCACAAAACAACACAACUAUAAAUAAUGCGUGGUUUAAUGUGGAAAAUGGGAGGUACACGUUGGAAGACUUUUUAAGGAAUGUUUCUUAUACUCCAGAACGGAUACUCAGAAAUGAAUUGGGAGAGCCAAAUUUUGAGCCACGACCAGCUGCUAAUGUUCAACCACUACCACAACCCCUCAACCACUAAUAUUGGGCCCUCUACGUCCGCCUUCACCACUCCCAGUUUUGCCACUUCAAAACAGGGUCAUAAAUAUUCGUGGAAGAGGAAAUAGGGGAAGAGCAAAUAUAAGACGAGGUCGAAUAAAUGGUCGUGGAGUUGCAGAAGCUUGGGCAGAGUUUUAUCGUGAUCUAAACAAUGUACUAGAACCAGAACUAGAACCACAAUCAGAACCACAAUCAGGUCAAGAAAUUAUAGAAAAUCCAAUUGUUUUAGAAGUAUGCAUAAUUUGCAUGGAAGGAGUGGCAAAUAUUAUAUGCCAGCCAUGUUGUCAUGCAUUUUGCAACACUUGUGUAACAAUAAGACUCUUGGAGGAAAAUUUUAAUACUUGUCCAUUGUGCAGGAGAUAUGUAGACGAGUACAGAGGAUAUGUACCAUAAUAAUAUUUUUUUAAUUUUUAAACAUACAUACCUAUUAAUAUGUAAAGUUAAAUUUAGUUUAAUAUAUAUAUAAACUUUCUAAUGUAAUGAACAAAGACUUUUUCCUUAUUUAAAUACUGUAUAUUUGUGACCUGUUAUUUUAUUUCCUAGUAUUUUGUAAUGUCAUCUUGAGACUUCAUAUACGAUAUACCUAAAUGUAUUAGGCAUGAAUAAAAUUGGAUUUGUGAAAAAUAAUGAUUCAAAUUUAAAAUUGAAUGCUGAUAUAAUUUAAAUAAGUAUAUGUUGUAAUGUACCUCCUAUAAUAUGUGAUUAUACUUGCAUACUGCAUAGUCAAUAUGAAA